UCCUGAAACCCAGCAGGCUUCACUUGAAAGCCGCGGAUGUUGUGAGAACUGAGAAAAGUUUCAGGUUUGACUAAAAGGAGCGAUGGCGGAACCCUCAUCAGGAAACGUGACCAUCAACAAUCCCGCCGACAUUGCUGUCAUCGCUGGAUACUUCAUGAUGGUCAUCGGCGUUGGUGUUUGGUCCAUGCUUCGGACCAAUCGUGGAACGGUGGGAGGAUAUUUCCUGGCAGGACGUUCCAUGGCUUGGUGGUCGGUUGGUGCAUCACUGUUUGCCAGUAAUAUUGGGAGCGGUCAUUUUGUGGGCCUGGCAGGAACCGGGGCAGCGGCGGGCAUCGCUGUGGGAGGCUUCGAGUGGAACGCUCUGUUCAUCGUGUUGCUGCUGGGCUGGCUGUUCGUACCCGUCUACCUCACUGCCGGGGUGAUCACGAUGCCUCAGUACCUGAAGAAGAGGUUCGGCGGGGCCAGGAUCAGCCUCUACCUGUCCGUCAUCUCUCUCUUCCUUUACAUUUUCACCAAGAUCUCAGUGGAUAUGUUUUCUGGAGCUGUGUUUAUCCAGCAGGCGUUAGGCUGGAAUAUUUAUGUGUCUGUGAUCGCGCUUCUGUUAAUCACAGCCUUGUACACUGUCACAGGUGGCCUUGCAGCUCUAAUGUACACAGACACUUUUCAGACGUUUGUCAUCAUCGCUGGUGCUUUCGUCCUCACCGGCUUCUCCUUUGCUGAAAUCGGUGGCUACAGCGCCCUGCUUACCAAAUACUACUCUGCCAUUCCGAGUAACUUCUCCUCCCUGGACACCCAGCGCUAUAACAUCUCCUCCCAGUGCUACACCCCGAGACAGGACGCCUUCAGCCUGCUGAGGGACCCGACCGUGGGGGACCUUCCCUGGCCUGGUGUCGUGUUCGGGAUGACAAUAGGGGGGAUCUGGUACUGGUGCUCUGAUCAGGUGAUUGUCCAGAGGUGCCUGGCAGCUCGCAGUCUCACCCAUGUGAAGGCUGGCUGCAUUGUGUGUGGCUACCUCAAACUGCUCCCCAUGUUCCUCAUGGUGUUCCCUGGCAUGAUCAGCAGGAUCCUCUACCCAAAUGAGGUUGGCUGUGUGGUCCCAGAAAUUUGUAAGGAGGUCUGUGGAACCGAAGUGGGGUGCUCUAACAUAGCUUAUCCUAAACUGGUGGUUACAGUCAUGCCCAGUGGUCUGCGAGGGCUGAUGCUGGCGGUCAUGCUGGCAGCUCUCAUGUCUUCCUUGGCCUCCAUCUUUAACAGCAGCAGCACUCUGUUCACCAUGGACAUCUGGACCCGCAUCAGACCACAAGCCACUGAGCGGGAGCUCAUCGUUGUAGGCCGUGUCUGGGUUCUAUGUAUUGUGGCCAUCAGCAUCUGCUGGAUCCCCAUUGUUCAGGCAGCGCAGAGCGGUCAGCUGUUUGACUACAUCCAGUCAGUCUCCAGUUACCUGUCUCCACCCAUUGCCUCCGUUUUCCUGCUGGCUGUUUUUGUCAAACGGGUCAAUGAAACAGGGGCUUUCUGGGGCCUUAUUGGGGGUCUGGCGAUGGGUCUGUGUCGGAUGUUGCCUGAAUUCUGGUUUGGUACCGGCAGCUGUAUUUUCCCCUCUCAAUGCCCUUUCCUGGUGUGUGGCAUCCACUACUUACACUUUGCCAUCAUCCUGUUUACCUGCACAUCAGUGCUGGUGCUUCUGGUCAGUUUCUGCACAGAGCCGAUUGAGGAUAAACACCUCUAUCGUCUGGUAUUCAGCCUACGUCACUCUAAAGAGGAGAGGGAGGAUCUGGACUGGGAGCAAGAAGAAAGAGCCAGAAGAGCCCGCAAGGAGGCGAAGGAGAGGAUGAGAGAGAAGGCUAAUGUAGUUACAGAAACGGAGCAAGAUAAAAAGUCUGGACUCUGCCGCCUGGUUGGUGGAUUCUGCGGACUUAAUGGAGACCAACAAGUUCAAGAUGAGGAUGCAGCCGAGGAUCUAGAACCUCAGAUGCCUGACAUCAGUGAGAAAGCAGUGUGGAAGAACACCGUGGACUCCAACGCUCUGGUCAUGAUGGCUGUUGCAGUUUUUAUGUGGGGAUACUUUGCUUGACUGAAUCAUUUUGUUCCGAGCUUGAAGGUGUUGUAGCUGCCGUGUGAUCGCCAUCUGCUGCCAAUUACAGAACUGGAGUAAAUCUUCAAAUAAAACCUUGUCGCCAUCUGCUGGCAGUGUUUUGUUAUUGCACCACAGUGAUCUGAAACUCUUGGAACCAAGAUCAGAUGUUAACAAAAAAUAUACUUUACAACAAAUAUAUAUAAAUUGUCACGUAAUGUAUAAUUUCACAAUAAAUAAGGCAAUUAAGGUUUUUCUUACUUUAAAGUAACCUGCUCUGGGUUUAACACCAGUAUGUUACAUCUACUAUUUUGGAAGCCAUCAU